UUACUUCAACAUCACUGUCAUGCUUUGUCAGCUUAUGUUUUUGUGCACUCGUGUAGUAUUUCCGAAGGCCUCAUUCAUUGUACUGCACUCCCUGACUGCUUAUGUAAUUUUCACAAACACAUUCAGACGGUCACACAGGCACACACCCCUUUGGUCAUCUCACCAGAGGUCAACUGAAACACAACGCAAGGUGAGUCAACCACUUUGCAGUGGUGCAUACAUCACCAGUUAUUUUCAGAUGGGGAGGGUUCAGGAGAGACAUUCACAUGGUCAUUGCAUCAAGGGACCACUCAGGGAACACACAGGUAAUAAUUCAUUGUCCACAGGAAAAAACACACACAGUCAUAACUCAAAACACAGUUACGUAACACACACAACAGUUUUACUAUACUUGUAAGAACCUCUGCUUUAUUAGUGUUUAUUUCAGAACUACUAGCAUCAAUAUUAUUUUUAGAAAAAUAAAUGAAAUCUAACUAAACCUACUCCGAUUUCUAACAUAAAACUCAAAACUUUGAGCUGCCUGUAAAAGCAGUACAUAGCAACUAAAUAUUCUCACCUUUCCUGAUGCAUGACGAAUGAGGAAAUUCAUUUGCAAACACACACUUCCUACUGUGCACAAAAGACAAAGCACUCAUAAUUAAGCAUAAUUAGAACCUGAUGUCAUGUGGCGUUUAAUCUCACUUUCUAUUCAACUCAUCUCAUUUUUUUUGUCUUGUUUGGCUCAAGAAAGAAGUCAACAUCCUCAUCUGGUAUGCAGAGGAGCAGACAGAUUUAAAGAGAAUAAGAUAAAAGGGUGGAACAGUCAACCACAGAGGGUGAGGUGUGUGUGAGAGACGAUGAUGAAACAAGAGGAGAGAAUGCCAUGAGGAGGCUAAAGUGGGGCAAAGAAGAGGGAGGACGGCGACAAAAAAGAGGAGAACGAGGUGAAACUACCAGGGAGGGAAAGCAACAGAACAAGAAAGAGAGAGAGAGAGAGUGAGGCAAUGCUACGCUAGUGUUCACGCAGAACAGCAGAGAUAUAAAUAAAGUGACUAAAGAGUGUGUGUUCCUGUGUGUUCAAGCCUGUGUGUGUUUGUUUGUGUCCUGGCACAACUCCCGGGAGUAGACACUUUCAUGCUGCCAAAGUUUCACUCGGUCUACCACCAUGCCAGGGUCAAUGCAGACACGCACACGCAGACACAAAAACCAGGGCAUGGCAUUGGAUAAGCCACCAAUCGAGACAGAAAUAGGGAUAUAGACAGAGAUAGAGGGAAAGAGAGAAGGCAGUGGAGGAAUUAAUGACAGAGUGACAGUGAAGAUAAAGAGUGAGAAGCGCAGUACAGGAAAAAAAAAUGGGUAGAGAUAGAUCUGAAAAAGGCAGAAAGAGGGGGAGAGGGAGAGAGGGAGAGAGAGAGAGAGAGGGAGAGAGAGGGAGGAUCACUGGGCUCCGCGAGCAUGCGAGGAUCAGCAGCAACAGAACGAGACGGAGAGAGAGAGAGAGAUAGAGAGCGGUAAAGAGUCUGAGGAGAGCGCUACUGAGGACUAAAGGACUAUCAGAGAUGAGACAGAGACAACGAGAACAAGGGAGAGGAGAAGUAUGCGGACCAAAGAGGAGGAUAAGAAAAGAACGAACCCGCAACGCCCAGAGAAUCCAUCCAACUCCUCAUCUGCGAGCCACUGGUUAGAGGCAGAGAAAAGCUGUGAAAGUGAUGUCCAGUCAGAAGUAGCUAAAGCAAUAAGGAGGUCAUUAAUAGAAGGACACUGAGCGUGUAUACCCUUAUUGGAUAUUGAAUUCCUGUCUCCAGCUUCUACAUACAAACUCUCCCACACCGGCUCAAAAAUACACUGGAUUCAUCUGGAUAAACAAAAGCUGGAAACAUUGCUGCUUUCCAUUGGAUAUAAUCUGGUUGACGUUGGCUAAUGUCACCACUCGCCUCUAUACCGUUCAGCUCCUCAGGGGGCUGAGCCAGUCUGUAGUGGAGCAUGGGCAGGAGGGUGGCGGAUCCAACCAAUCCUGUGCCUGCGCUGGGGGUUCCCCUGGCAGGGGGGCGAUGGGGCCUGCCGUGCAGUGUCGGGGUGCAAACAUCUCCCGGGCUGCGGAUUCUCCCAUCCAUCAAACGACACGGCAACCAACCAACCAACACGCAUCGGCCACUCACCAGGGCAACAGAAAAACCAACUUCAGCGGAGACAGCGGAAGUUAUCAGAAGUGACAGCAACAGUCUGCCGGUGUCCAAAGAGACAUCUCAGAACAAGAUCAACAGUCUGACACAGGACGACAUGGGGUCACAAGGGUCAGGCAACGGAGUUUACUGCCAGAUUAAAUCUGUACGGACAAAUUCCAAGGAUACAAGAGCUAAAAGGACAGCUAGGUAUACAAAUGGCAGUGUGGUAACCUCUGAUGUGGUGGGAGGAGUUUGCACUGAGGUCACAGAGGGUAAGGAGCUAACCCACGAGAGGAGGAGGGUGCAGUCUUUACGCGGGGAGGGCCAUCGAUCUGUACUAAAGACGGCAAGUGUUUGUACGACCAUGCACGCCACCCUACCGCGGCCCUGUCGAAUGAUGACGACUUCCCCAUCCCGCCUUUGUGGGACGUGUGGGAGGAAACGUUCACAGAUCACACCAUGCACAGGUGCAUGUCGCAGGAGGGCUCUCAAUCAAAUAACAGCCAGCCAGACGUUACCUAAUCCAUCACGGACACAGUCUGUGGCUCUGAACCAGUCGAGGAAAGAGUCUGCUGUGGACUCCAAAAACACAGACACAGCAAAGACCUCCAUGCACACUUCAGUAAAGACUACUCAGAUACCACAGCUGUCACACACUAUACCGAAAACACACAGCUCACAUUCCAACCACACAGUCCACACUCAGAACAAAACAAAAGAUUCAAAGCAGCGGACCAGGCCACAUUCUGCAGACCUUACUCUUUACAAGGAUUCAGCCACACAAACAACAGACAUAUACACACAAAACAACACAGACCGGACCACACCUACGACACACACACAACAAGCACACACACCAUCUGCAGAAGAAACAGACAAAAACAAGAAUGACUCGGCUGAAAUUCAGCACCCUGAUGAACACAAACACACAUCAGCUUGUAUCACUUCUAAAUCUCAAGCUUCUUCCCUUCACAGUCGCUCAAAAUCUAUCAACACUCCACCCAUUCCCCCGAAAAACUCUCCUAAACCCACUCGUUCCCAACUAGGUACACCUGUAGUGCAAACCAAAAACAGCCAGGAGAACGUGAAACAAACAUCCUCAGAACGGAAUAAACUCAUGGACUACGCAAGACAGAAGAGCAAGUCAUUUGAUGACCACACUCUACCUUGUAAGACUCAUAUGAAAGCACAAUGUAAUGGGGCUCCUGGAGGAUUGUUGGGUGGAAAAGCAGUAAAUGCGCCACGUGGGCUGGAGAGUCAGCUUCAGAGUGUGGAGGAGAACCUAGUGUCCAACCAGGAGAAGAUCAAGGUGCUUCUCAACGUCAUUCAAGACCUGGAGAAGAGCAAGGCUCUCAGCGAAGGUCGCAGCUCAUACAGAACUGGUCAGGACAUUAACAACUGCCCCACCUGCCAAAAGACAGCCUGCAUCAUCUACAGUGUGGAGCAUGAUUUUCGACAGCAGGAGGUACGCUUACUGGGGGUAAUGGAGGCUCUGGAGGGGGAGUAUGAUGUGCCUGCCCCCACUCUGAACAAGCCCACGCUAGCUCCUUCCUCUUCCAACCGCCCAAACACUAAGGCCCGUGUCAAGAAAUUUCGCAAGAAGUGUUUCUGGUGGCUGUAAAGCUUUGGGGAAAACCCACAACUACCUUUCUGGCCAUAUGGCACAUGAGUGAUGAUUAUAUUUCAGGAGAACAGAGACCCCAACAUUUUGGAAUAAAGCAUCUCUCUCAUGGUCCCGUGGGCAUGUUUAAGUGUCAUUAAAAUCAACUGGAGCAUUCCUGUAAAUGGCACUUUUUCCACAGAAAUCCAUCGUCAGCUCUGAAAAUAUACACCAGGGGACCAGUUAAAGAAAGAGGAAAUGCAAGAUGGAGGAAGGACAAGAGGACCAAAAGAGCAGCUGAACUUUCCUCUCAGAUGUGUCUAAGAGGGAGAUCAAGAUCACUAUGACCUUCUCUCUGUGGAAUCCAGACCUCAGCGACUGAUUUGUGAUUAACUUUAAGUGAGAAUACUGUUUUCUCAUAACAGUUCUGUAACAGAAAAAUGAAGCAUUAACACUUUGGAUGACAGACGGGUGUACUGUUUGUCACUUGGCUGAGUGGUUGUCUAGACAGAUGGACAGAUGCAUGAUCGGAGACAUGCCAAGACGGAUUCACGCCUACAAUAGACAAUGAAUCUUCAGUUUCAACAGUUUUUGGCUGAAGCAAUAAGCAGGGAAAUCGGAACAAUUUUUGAAAUCCAAGGAACUAAUGGGAAUACUGUGUCUUUGGAUGGCUUGAUAGCCAAAAUUUGAAUGUAGCAGCAACUGAACAGCAAAGAGGAUACAAGUGGGAAACAAGAUGAUGAGCUCUCUGGAAACAGAGCUAGCUCACUGGAUGGAUAUCAGGCUUUGGGAGUGUGCAGUGGAGAUUAAAAAUUGUAUAAAGAAUACUUAAGAGACAAUGUGAUAGGCAGCUGAUCACAGACUGACAGGCCGUGUCAGAUAAUUUCAAAUUCUGUCAACGUUGUCUGACAGAGUGAUUGAUUCUCCCCUUUAUCAACAUCCAAAAUGGAAGUGUUUUGAUGUAAGCUCAAUCUUGUUUCAAGGAUUUUGACACAGUCACAUACACGUUCAUGCAAACACACACACAUAACAUACUCACUGAAACAAAAGCAAGAACUCUGCGCACACACACAUUACACAGUACAGGAUACUCAUACUGUACACACACUUGUGAACCAGUGCAAACUAGGGGUAGACCAGUUAUCACUUCACAGUUAGUUAUUGGCUUGUGUUCAUGUUUCAAAUAUGUAUCAAUAUUUGCAAAGUCUGAGCGAAUAAAAAACAAAUUGUGCAGAAGAAUGCCCUAUUGUUGUGCAACAUAUGGAGACCACAAAACCAUCCGUUUCAUGUGAUUUAGCACCCACCAACUGUGACUUUCUACAGUUUCACAGUGAGUACAUGCAGUAAAUUGUCUAGUAAAAUCAAAACAGAUUUUUUGAAAAGUUAUUCCCCAAUCAUCUUGUUUACACAUACAUUUAAUAUACAGUAGAUAAUCAUUUCCAUAUCUAGCAUUUGUUAAAGCUAGCUGGUUAAUUAGGCCACAACAGAGCAACAAAGAUCAAUGCUAAAAACAUACAAUCUCACAUAAAUAUCAAAAAACAUUAUCAGGUCAAGGUAUGUUAUCCCAUUCAAAAGUGCAAUUUUAACUAAUUAAACAACGCCUUUGUAAAACCAUAACCAAUUAGUAAAAGAAUAUCAUACUAUAUCACAAACUAUAUAUUGGCAGACAUGCCUUUCAUCGGAAAUGAAAUCUUUUAAAAAAAAAAAAAAAAAAAAAUGUAUGGGUCUAUCCCAGUUGCAAACAUACACUAUUAUUUUGCACACACACACACACACAUACACACACACACUGCUUAGUUUACUGCAGUUUAGAGUGUAUCCACUAAUCUCACAAGGUCGUACUUCAGCUGCCUCUGGAUGACACAACUUAGAAUCCUGGAUGACACCAAUCUUACUAAUUAAAGGUGGAGUCAGCAAAUGUGGAGAAAGAUCGUGGAUAUUUGGUUUCAGCACAUUAGCAUGUGCCAGAUUUACCGCCCCUCUCACUCCCACUGCCAGCUCCCCCCCCACCACCAUCUCUCCUUCUCCUCCCCUCGCUCUUGUCCUGUGCACAAGCACGAAUGCCCCCUGUUGCUGUUGGCUGGAAUGGUGUAUUUCCCAUUUACAGAGCGAGGGCUGUGUACAAACACCAGGUUUUUUCAGCGUGUACACAGAAAGUACAGGUAGCAGACUGUGAAGGGAUAUUUGCUGAAUUGGACAAAAAUUGUACUGAAUGAGAAUCGCUAACUGCACCUUUAACUAUAACACUCUGAGCUCCUACAAUGUCACUCCCCCUGAUCUUCCUCUUCUAUGUACAAUAAAAGUGUGUAUUUUAAACAAAA